ACUUAUUACAACCUACCCAUUACCACUUGGAGCCCCGUCAUGUUUCAUUGUCUAACUUGGUCUCUCCAAUAACGACACACAUAUACAUCGCCGACGGCGACAGACAGAAACAAGCGACGUCUUUUUCCGGCGACGGGACGUAAAUUAAAAGUCAAGAGAUGAAGAUUUUUGUGAAAACCCUGAAAGGCAGUCACUUCGAGAUCGAAGUGAAACCGGAAGAUACCGUGACAGUUGUGAAGAAGAAUAUUGAAACAAGUCAGGGUUCAGAUGUCUAUCCUGCUGCCCAGCAGAUGCUUAUUCAUCAGGGGAAAGUUCUUAAAGAUGAGACCACACUAGUGGAGAACAAAGUUGCCGAAAAAAGUUUUGUUGUCAUUAUGUUGAGCAAGAAGAAGGCUUCAUCGAGUGAGGGUUCAACUGCAUCUGCUACUCCUUCAAGUACUACCCAACCUGCAUAUAAUACACCCCUGCCAACGCAGCCUGUAACGGCACCUGAGCUUCCUGCAUCAACAGUUGUCCUUGCACAAUCUGUUCCUGCUGCGCCUUCUCCCCUUUCUUCAGUGACAGAUGUCUAUGGUCAAGCAGCGUCAAAUCUUGUUGCUGGAAGUAACUUGGAGGCUACUGUUCAAGAAAUUCUUGAUAUAGGUGGAGGAAGCUGGGAUAGAGACACAGUUGUUCGUGCUCUACGUGUCGCAUAUAACAAUCCAGAGAGGGCUGUUGAGUACCUUUAUUCAGGUAUUCCUGAGCAAGCAGAAGUUCCUCCUGCAGGCCAACCUCCAGUGGCUCAACCUCCUGCUAGCGGGCAGCCUAUGAAUUCUUUGACACAGGCCACAGAGCCAGCAGUACCUUCCAGUGGGCCCAAUGCUAAUCCUUUAGACCUUUUCCCGCAGGGCCUUCCAAAUUUAGGCUCAAAUGCAACUGCUGGCACCUUAGAUUUUCUUCGGAAUAGUCAACAGUUUCAAGCUCUGCGAGCCAUGGUCCAAGCCAAUCCACAAAUAUUGCAGCCUAUGCUUCAAGAGCUGGGAAAGCAAAAUCCACAAUUAGUGCGGUUAAUUCAGGAGCAUCAGGCUGACUUCCUACGCCUAAUAAAUGAACCAGUUGAAGGGGAGGGGAACAUGCUUGGGCAGCUUGCUGAAGCAAUGCCACAGACUCUGUCGGUCACAGUGGAAGAGCGGGAGGCAAUUGCACGUCUUGAAGCAAUGGGUUUUGAUCGAGCUUUGGUAUUGGAAGUAUAUUUUGCUUGCAACAAGAACGAGGAACUCGCAGCAAACUAUUUAUUAGAUCACAUGCACGAAUUUGAUGAAUGAAGCUGGUUCAAGUUACUGGAUUCUUUUCAUAUUCAUUUACUAGUCACUUCUUGUUUCCUUCUGUUAUUUUGCAAUGGCUUUUCAUUGCCAUAUGGAUUUUUAUGGUUUUUUUCUAAUGACUCUGUUCGUAACGGCUCUGAUGAACAGUUUUUACUUUGGAUACACAAGGUAGAACUGUUUAAAUAUUUGCCCUCUUAUUGUACUUUCAUGUCUCAAUAGAAGCAUUAACCGAGCCUUAGAUGGCCUCUUAUGACA